AUGGGGACGGGACCCGGCGUCUCCGGGCGCCGAGCGGCCUCCAGGCCGGGCCCCGGGCUGCCCUCCCGGGACUCCGAGCCCUCCUGGACUGGGGGUCGCGCCUGCGACGGUGAAGGCCAGGUAUGCCACCACGUGGACUGCCAGCAGCUGCAUCGGCGGGGGCCUCUCAACCUCUGCGAGGCCUGUGACAGCAAAUUCCACAGCACCAUGCAUUAUGACGGGCAUGUUCGCUUCGACCUGCCCCCGCAAGGCUCUGUCCUGGCCCGGAACGUGUCCACCCGGUCAUGCCCGCCACGCACCAGCCCUGCAGUGGACUUGGAGGAGGAGGAGGAAAGCUCCAUGGAUGGCAAAGGGGACCGGAAGAGCACAGGCCUGAAACUCUCCAAGAAGAAAGCAAGGAGGAGACAUACAGAUGACCCGAGCAAGGAGUGUUUCACCCUGAAAUUUGACCUGAACGUGGACAUCGAGACAGAGAUUGUACCAGCCAUGAAGAAGAAGUCGCUGGGGGAGGUGCUGCUGCCUGUAUUUGAAAGGAAGGGCAUUGCGCUGGGCAAAGUGGAUAUCUACCUGGAUCAGUCCAACACGCCUCUGUCCCUCACCUUUGAGGCCUACAGGUUUGGAGGCCACUACUUGCGGGUUAAAGACCUGGCGCUGAGAGACUCUUGUUGCCCCACACGUGCCCCAGCCAAGCCGGGGGAUGAGGGGAAGGUGGAGCAGGGUGUGAAGGACUCCAAGUCCCUGAGUCUGCCAAUCCUGCGGCCGGCUGGGGCCGGGCCCCCGGUGCUGGAACGUGUGGACCCCCAGAGCCGCCGGGAGAGCCUCGACAUCCUGGCUCCCGGCCGCCGCCGCAAGAACAUGUCAGAAUUCCUGGGGGAGGCGAGCAUCCCUGGGCAGGAGCCCCCCACGCCCUCCAGCUGCUCUCUGCCCAGCGGCAGCAGUGGGGGCAGCGACAGCUGGAAGAACCGAGCAGCCAGUCGUUUCAGCGGCUUCUUCAGCUCAGGCCCCAGCAACAGUGCCUUUGGCAGGGAGGUGGAUAAGAUGGAGCAGCUGGAGGGCAAGCUGCACGCCUACGGCCUCUUCGGGCUGCCCAGGCUGCCCCGGAGGCUGCGCUUCGACCAGGACUCCUGGGAGGAGGAGGGGGACGAUGAGGACGAGGAUGAGGACAGCCCCUGCCCGAGGUUGGAGGACAGCUGGCGAGAGCUCAUUGAUGGGCAUGAGAAACUGACCCGGCGGCAGUGCCACCAGCAGGAGGCGGUGUGGGAGCUUCUGCACACGGAGGCUUCCUACAUCAGGAAACUGCGGGUGAUCACCAACCUGUUCCUGUGCUGCCUCCUGAACCUGCAAGAGUCGGGGCUGCUGUGUGAGGUGGAGGCGGAGCGCCUGUUCAGCAACAUCCCGGAGAUCGCGCGGCUGCACCGCGAGCUGUGGGCCAGCGUGAUGGCGCCGGUGCUGGAGCGGGCACGCCGCACGCGGGCGCUGCUGCAGCCCGGGGACUUCCUCAAAGGCUUCAAGAUGUUCGGCUCCCUCUUCAGGCCCUACAUCCGAUACUGCAUGGAGGAGGAGGGCUGCAUGGAGUACAUGCGCGGCCUGCUGCGCGACAACGACCUGUUCCGGGCCUACGUCACGUGGGCCGAGAAGCACCAGCAGUGCCAGCGGCUGAAGCUGAGCGACAUGCUGGCCAAGCCCCACCAGCGGCUCACCAAGUACCCGCUGCUGCUCAAGUCGGUGCUGCGGAAGACGGACGAGCCGCGCGCCAAGGAGUCCGUCGUCACCAUGAUCAGCUCCGUGGAGCGCUUCAUCCACCACGUGAACACGUGCAUGCGACAGCGCCAGGAGCGCCAGCGGCUGGCGGCAGUGGUGAGCCGCGUCGACGCUUAUGAGGCGGUGGAGGGCAGCACCGACGAGGUGGACAAGCUCCUGAAGGAAUUUCUGCACCUUGACCUCACAGCGCCUAUCCCCGGCGCCUCCCCUGAGGAGACACGACAGCUACUGCUGGAGGGGAGCCUGAGAAUGAAGGAAGGGAAGGACAGCAAGAUGGACGUGUACUGCUUCCUCUUCACGGAUUUGCUUUUGGUGACCAAGGCAGUGAAGAAGGCAGAGAGGACCAAGGUUAUCAGGCCACCGCUGUUGGUGGACAAGAUCGUGUGCCGGGAGCUGCGGGACCCUGGCUCCUUCCUCCUUAUCUACCUGAACGAGUUCCACAGUGCUGUGGGGGCCUACACAUUCCAGGCCAGUGGCCAGGCCUUGUGCCGUGGCUGGGUGGACGCCAUUUACAAUGCCCAGAACCAGCUGCAGCAGCUGCGCGCACAGGAGCACCCAGGCAGCCAGCUGCACCUGCAGAGCCUAGAGGAGGAGGAAGAGGAGGAGGAAGAGGAGGAAGGCGAGGAGAGCAGCACCUCUGCUGCCAGCUCCCCCACCAUCCUGCGCAAAAGCAGCAACAGCCUCGACUCCCAGCGCUGUGCCUCGGAUGGCUCCACAGAGACCCUGGCCAUGGUAGUGGUGGAGCCUGGGGAGACAUUGUCCUCCCCCGAGUUCGACGGCGGUCCCUUCAGUUCUCAGGCGGAUGAGACCUCUCUCAGCACCACUGGUUCAUCCGUCACACCCACGAGCGAGCUGCUGCCCCUGGGCCCUGUGGACAGCCGCUCCUGCUCUGUGGACUCCGCCUAUGGCACCCUGUCCCCAACCUCCCUGCAAGACUUCAUGGCCCCAGCCCCUGUGGUGGAGCCAGUGCCCCAGCCCCCAGAGUUACUACAAGCCCCUUCACUCCCACCCUCCCCCCGCCUCCGCCGCCGAAUCCCUGUCCAGCUGCUACCCCGCCUGCCCCACCUCCUCAAGUCCAAAUCUGAGGCCAGCCUCCUCCAGCUGCUGUCAGGGGCUGCCAUCCAUGGAGCUCCCCUGGCCCCCAGCCGCAGCCUUUCAGAGCUCUGCCUGGCCACUGCGGCCCCUGGCACUAGAACUCAGGGCUCCCUUCAGGAAGCUGGGCCUGGCUGGGAUUGCCAGGGAGCACCUACCCCUAGCAGUGGCCCUGAGCCCCCAGAGCCUGAGGACAGAGGCAGCUACUUGGCUGGGGAGCCUGCAGGCCCUGCCAGGAGGAGUGGCAGAGAGCUGCCCUCAGGUGCCUUGCCCAAGGUCCAGCCUGAGCUCCCCCCAGGGAUCUCUGCCCAGCACAGGAAGCUGACCCUGGCCCAGCUCUACCGAAUCAGGACCACCCUGCUGCUUAACUCCACGCUCACUGCCUCGGAGGUCUGAGCAGAGGGAGGCCCCCAAGGGUGCCGUUGACCAAGAGACAAGCAGACAGCAUGCCUCCUGGGGUGUGCCAGCACCUGCUUCAGCUGCUGCCUUGUGUGUGCAUGAGCCGGAGUGCCUGCAGGACUCCUGCCUACAGCCCCCGGCCCAAUUUGCACUUUGCCAGACUGGAUGGAGUGAAGGAGGGCUCAGUAGAGCCCCAGGCCCAGGCUACAGUACCCUCCCCCACGCCCCAUACACCUAUCCAGGCAGUCCCUUGUGCCUAGUCCCUAAAGUCACUAUCUCUAAACCUCUGGGCUGGGCUCCCAGGCUAUCCUUCCCACCUCCACCUUCAGCUGGCCUCACGUGGGCCAUGCCCACGCCCCGUCCCCCUCCCUCCCAGUCCCACUGGCCACCCCAGGCUUCGGUUGGGAUCUGUAUAAAGUUGCAUAUUUAUUGAGAUUUUGGUUCUUUUAUAAAGACUUGUAUAUACUCCACUGGAAAGAGUCCUUUGCUUUUGGAGCCCAUCCCCCUCCUGCCUCGGGUGCACUUGAGCUCUGGGGCAGGCACCCCUCUGUGCCCCUGUGUCCCUCCACCUGCAGUGGGGCUCCAAUGGAAGACACUGUGGAAAGCAGCAGGGAAGUAACAGCGGGGUGGUGGGGUGGUGAAGGUGCGUGUCACCCAAGACCGAGCCUCUUCCCCUGCCGCGGCCACGAGGUGUCCACCAUUAGAGCCCCUCAGGAGGCGCCUCAGGGCCCUGCUGUUGGGCCACAUGUCCAGGGUGGGGGACAUGUCUCAGGCUCUACCUAGGAUGAGCCCUCCCCUGUACCCACGCCCAGGCGAGUUCUCUGGGGAAGGUGGGUCUUUUCAGGUACUUUUGGCCCAUCCCCUCCAUGGCUGGGGCGCUGAGGCCCGGAGAGUGGAAGUCACCCUGGCUCCACCUC